AUGUCUAUAGCUGCUAACUACAUAGCUUCCUUGUUGUACCUGCCGGUCAUCCAGCUCCACACUGGUAAUGGUUGUGAGAUUAUCAUUCUUUUAAUGUUGUAACAAACUAGUUAGCUAGGUAACUACUGACAUGGUUAGUUAUGUACUAUAUCUGCAUCUUGCUUUGGUGUCUCUGAAAUCAUUACAAAAACACAGAUUUUCUAUACAGAUUUUCUAAAAAGGUUUUAUGUUCAUAGAAGGCACCAAAAUGGGAAUACAUUUUCUAAUAUGAAAUGUUGAAAUCAAAUUUUAUUUGCCACAUGCGCCGAAUACAACAGGUAUUGACCUUACAGUGAAAUGCUUAUUUACAAGCCCUUAACCAACAAUGAAGAAAAAAACGGUUAAAAAACGGUUAAGUAAAAUUUUUAAAUAGCAAAUAAUUAAAGAGCAGCAGUAAAAUAAAAUAACAGUAGGGAGGCUAUUUACAGGGGGUACUGGUUCAGAGUCAAUGUGCGGGGGCACCGGUUAGUCGAGAUACUUGAGGUAAUAUGUACAUGUGGGUAGAGUUAAUGUGACUAUGCAUAGAUAAUAAACAGAGUAGUAGCAGAGUAAAAGAGGGGGUUGGGUGGGGGGGGCAAUGCAAAUAGUCUGGGUAGCCAUAAUUAGCUGUUCAGGAGUCUUAUGGCUUGGGGGUAGAAGCUGUUAAAAAGCCUUUUGGGCCUAGACUUGGCGCUCCGGUAGCAGAGAGAACAGUGUAUGACUAGGGUGGCUGGAGUCUUUGACAAUUUUUAGGGUCUUCCUCUGACAACGCCUGGUAUAGAGGUCCUGGAUGGCAGGAAGCUUGACCCCAGUGAUGUACUGGGCCGUACGCACUACCCUCUGUAGUGCCUUGCGGUCGAAGGCCGAGCAGUUGCCAUACCAGGCAGUGAUGCAACCAGUCAGGAUGCUCUUGAUGGUGCAGCUGUAGAACCUUUUGAGGAUCUGAGGACCCAUGCCAAAUCUUUUCAGUCUCCUGAGGGGGAAUAGGCUUUGUCGUGCCCUCUUCACGACUGUCUUGGUGUGUUUGGACCAUGAUAGUUUGUUGGUGAUGUGGACACCAAGGAACUUGAAGCUCUCAACCUGUUCCACUACAGCCCCAUUGAUGAGAAUGGGGGCGUGCUCAGUCCUCUUUUUCUGUAGUCUAUUUCAGGUCUGAAAUAGUAUUUCUAGAUGGCCUCACUGAAAUGCUAAGAUUGUCUUUAUGGAUAAUGGUGGCCUCUUAUAAGUUUCAUGUAAUAACAUCUCCUGGUAUUGUUUACUUUCCAAGCUGCGACUGAACAGCAUCAAGAAGCUGUCUACCAUCGCACUGGCCCUGGGAGUGGAGAGGACCCGCACUGAACUCCUCCCCUUCCUCACAGGUACAGUGCAUUCGGAAAGUAUUCAGACCCCUUGACUUUUUCCACAUUUUGUUAUGUUACAGCCCUAUUCUAAAAUUGAUUAAAUAAAAACAUUUCCUCAUCAAUCUACACACAAUACCCCAUAAUGACGAAGCGAAAACAGGUAGGCAGAAAUGUUUGCACAUUUAUUUAUAUAUACAGUACCAGGCAAAAAUUUGGACACCUUUUUUUACUAUUUGUACAUUAUAGAAUAAUAGUGAAGACAUAAAAACUAUGAAAUUACACAUAUUGAGUCAUGUAGUAGCCCAAAAAGUGUUAAACAAAUCAAAAUAUAUUUAAUAUUUGAAAUUCUUCAAAGUAGCCACCCUUUGCCUUUGAUGACAGCUUUGCACACUCUUGGCAUUCUCUCAACCGGCUUCAUGAGGAAUGCUUUAACAACAGUCUUGAAGGAGUUCCAACAUAUGCUGAGCACUUGUUGACUGCUUUUCCUUCACUCUGCGGUCCAACACAUGGUUAGAAGAUGUUAUUGCGAGUGUAGCGAAAUGCUUGUGCUUCUAGUUCCGACAGUGCAGCAAUAUCUAGCAAGUAAUAUCUAACAGUUCUACAACAACCUAAUACACACAUCUAAGUAAAGGAAUGGAAUAAGAAUAUAUAAAUAUAUGGAUGAGCAAUGUCAUUUUCAUUAUCAGAGUGGCAUAGUUUAAGAUGCAAUAGAUAUGUACAGUGGGGAGAACAAGUAUUUGAUACACUGACGAUUUUGCAGGUUUUCCUACUUACAAAGCAUGUAGAGGUCUGCUGUGUGUCUUUUUUUAUCAUAGGUACACUUCAACUGUGAGAGACGGAAUCUAAAACAAAAAUCCAGAAAAUCACAUUGUAUGAUUUUUAAGUAAUCAAUUAGCAUUUUAUUGCAUGACAUAAAUAUUUGAUCACCUACCAACCAGUAAGAAUUCCGGCUCUCACAGACCUGUUAGUUUUUCUUUAAGAAGCCCUCCUGUUCUCCACUCAUUACCUGUAUUAACUGCACCUGUUUGAACUCAUAACCUGUAUAAAAGACACCUGUCCACACACUCAAUCAAACAGACUCCAACCUCUCCACAAUGGCCAAGACCAGAGAGCUGUAUAAGGACACCAGGGAUAAAAUUGUAGACCUGCACAAGGCUGGGAUGGGCUACAGGACAAUAGGCAAGCAGCUUGGUGAGAAGGCAACAACUGUUGGCGCAAUUAUUAGAAAAUGAAAGAAGUUCAAGAUGACGGUCAAUCACCCUCGGUCUGGGGCUCCAUGCAAGAUCUCAACUCGUGGGGCAUCAAUGAUCAUGAGGAAGGUGAGGGAUCAGCCCAGAACUACACGGCAGGACCUGUUCAAUGACCUGAAGAGAGCUGGGACCAAAGAAAACCAUUAGUAACACACUACGCCGUCAUGGAUUAAAAUCCUGCAGCGCACGCAAGGUCCCCCUGCUCAAGCCAGCACAUGUCCAGGCCCGUCUGAAGUUUGCCAAUGACCAUCUGGAUGAUCCAGAGGAGGAAUGGGAGAAGGUCAUGUGGUCUGAUGAGACAAAAAUAGAGAUUUUUGGUCUAAACUCCACUCGCCGUGUUUUGAGGAAGAAGAAGGAUGAGUACAACCCCAAGAACAUCAUCCCAACCGUGAAGCAUGGAGGUGGAAACAUCAUUCUUUGGGGAUGCUUUUCUGCAAAGGGGACAGGACGACUGCACCGUAUUGAGGGGAGGAUGGAUGGGGCCAUGUAUCGUGAGAUCUUGGCCAACAACCUCCUUCCCUCAGUAAGAGCAUUGAAGAUGGGUCGUGGCUGGGUCUUCCAGCAUGACAAUGACCCGAAACACACAGCCAGGGCAACUAAGCAGUGGCUCCAUAAGAAGCAUCUCAAGGUCCUGGAGUGGCCUAGCCAGUCUCCAGACCUGAACCCAAUAGAAAAUCUUUGGAGGGAGCUGAAAGUCCGUAUUGCCCAGCGACAGCCCCAAGACCUGAAGGAUCUGGAGAAGGUCUGUAUGGAGGAGUGGGCCAAAAUCCAUGCUGUAGUGUGUGCAAACCUGGUCAAGACCUACAGGAAACGUAUGAUCUCUGUAAUUGCAAACAAAGGUUUCUGUACCAAAUAUUAAGUUCUGUUUUUCUGAUGUAUCAAAUACUUAUGUCAUGCAAUAAAAUGCAAAUUAAUUACUUAAAAAUCAUACAAUGUGAUUUUCUGGAUUUUUGUUUUAGAUUCCGUCUCUCACAGUUGAGACACACAGCAGACCUCUACAUGCUUUGUAAGUAGGAAAACCUGCAAAAUCGGCAGUGUAUCAAAUACUUGUUCUCCCCACUGUAUAUACUGUAUUCUAUACUAUGAGAUGGAUAAUGCAAGAUAUGUAAACGUUAUUAAUAUAGAAUACAGUAUAUACAUAUGAGAUUGGUAAUGCAAGAUAUGUAAACAUUAGUGGCAUUAUUAAAGUGAGUAGUGUUCCAUUUAUUAAAGUGGCCAGUGAUUUUCAAGUCUAUAUGUAGGCAGCAGCCUCUCUGUGCUAGUGAUGGCUGUUUAACAGUCUGAUGGCCUUGAGAUAGAAGCUGUUUUUCAGUCUCUCAGUCCCAGAUUUGAUGCACAUGUACUGUCCUCGCCUUCUGGAUGAUAGCGGGGUGAACAGGCAGUGGCUCGGGUGGUAGUUGUCCUUGAUUAUCUUUUUGGCCUUCCUGUGACAUCGGGUGCUGUAGGUCUCCUGGAGGGCAGGUAGUUUGCCCCCGGUGAUGCGUUGUGCAGACCGCACCACCUUCUGGAGAACCCUGUGGUUGUGGGCUGUGCAGUUGCCGUACCAGGCGGUGAUAAACGAAGUGGAGAUGUUGUUUCUUACCUUCACCACCUGGGGGCGGCCCGUCAGGAAGUCCAGGACCCAAUUGCACAGGGCGGGGUUGAGACCCAGGGCCUCAAGCUUGAUGAUGAGCUUGUAGGGUACUAUGGUGUUGAAUGCUGAGCUAUAGUCAAUGAACAGCAUUCUUACAUAGGUAUUCCUCUUGUCCAGAUGGGAUUGUGCAGUGUAAUGGCGAUCGCAUCGUCUGUGGACCUAUUAGGGCGGUAUGCAAAUUGAGGUGGGUCUAGGGUGACCGGUAAGGUGGAGGUGAUAUGAUCCUUGACUCUCAAAGCACUUCAUGAUGACAGAAGUGAGUGCUACGGGCCGAUAGUCAUUUAGUUCAGUUACCUUUGCAUUCAUGGGUACAGGAACAAUGGUGGCCAUCUUGAUGCAUGUGGGGACGGCAGACUGGGAUAGGGAGAGAUUGAAUAUGUCCGUAAACACACCAGCCAGCUGGUCUGCGCAUGCUCUGAGGACGCGGCUAGGAAUGCCGUCUGGGCCGGCAGGCUUGCGAGGGUUAACAGGUUUAAAUGUCUUACUCAAGUCGGCCAUGGAGAUGGAGAUCCCACAGUCCUUGGUAGCUGGCCUUAUCGGUGGCACUGUGUUAUCCUCAAAGCGGGCAAAGAACUUGUUUAGCUUGUCUGGCAGCAAGACGUCGGUGUCCGCGACGUGGCUGGUUUUCCUAUUGUAGUCCGUGAUUGUCUGUAAACCCUGCCACAUACGUCUCGUGUCUGAGCCGUUAAAUUGCGACUACACUUUGUCUCGAUAUUGACAUUUUGCCUGUUUGAUUUCCUUGUGGAGGGAAUGACCACUCUGUUUGUAUUCUGCCAUAUUCCCCGUCACCUUACCAUGGUUAAAUGCGGUGGUUCGUGCUUUCAGUUUUUUGCGAAUGCUGCAAUCUAUCCACGGUUUCUGGUUAGGGUAGGUUUUAAUAGUCACAGUGGGUACGACAUCUCCUAUACACUUCCUUAUAAACCCACUCACUGAAUCAGCGUAUACGUCUAUAUUAUUCUCAGAGGCUACCCGGAACAUAUCCCAGUCCGCGUGAUCAAAACAAACUUGAAGCGUGGAUUCCGAUUGGUCAGACCAGCGUUGAAUAGUCAUAAGCACGGGUGCUUCCUGUUUGAGUUUCUGCCUAUAGGAAGGGAGGAGCAAAAUGGAGUUGUGGUCAGAUUUGCUGAAAGGAGGGUGGGGGAGGGCCUUGUAAGCGUAGCGGAAAUGAGUAACAAUGGUCCAGCAUUUUUCCAGCACGAGUGCUACAGUCAAUAUGCUGAUAGAAUUUAGGUAGUCUUUUUCUCAAAUUUGAUUUGUUAACAUCCCCAGCUACAAUAAAUGCAGUUUCCAGUUUGCAUAAAGUCCAGUGGAGUUCCUUGAGGGCCGUCGUGGUAUCAGCUUGAGGGGGGAUGUACAUGGCUGUAACAAUAACCGAAGAGAAUUCUCUUGGGAGAUAAUACGGUCAGCAUUUGAUUGUGAGGAAUUCUAGGUCAGGUGAACAAAAUGACUUGAGUUCCUGUAUGUUGUUAUAGUUACACCAUGAGUCAUUAUUUAUGAAACAUACCCCCCCCCCCCACCCCUCUUCUUCCCGGAGAGAUGUUUAUUCAUGUCGGCGCGAUGUACUGAGAACCCAGAUGGCUGUAUGGACGGGGACAGUAUAUCCCGAGAGAGACAUGUUUCCGUGAAACAGAGUAUGUUAUAAUCCCUGAUGUCUCUCUGGAAAGCCACCCUUGCCCUGAUCUCGUCCACUUUGUUGUCUAGGGACUGGACAUUAGCGAGUAAUAUACUCGGAAGCAAUGGGUGGUGUGCGUGCCUCCUAAGUCUGACUAGGGGACCGCUGCGGCUCCCUCUCCUCCGGAGGCGUUGUUUUGGGUCGGCCUCUGGAAUCAGUUCAAAUGCCCUGGGUGGUGCGAACAAAGGAUCCGCUUCGGGAAAGUCGUAUUCUUGGUCGUAGUGCUGGUAAGUUGACGCCGCUCUGAUAUCCAAUAGUUCUUCCAGGCUGUAUGUAAUUACACUUAAGAUUUUCUGGGCUAACAUUGUAAGAAAUAAUAAAUAAAAAAACAAAAUACUGCAAAGUUUCCUAAGGACUAGAAGUGAGGCAGCCCUCUGUCGGCAGCAAAGUAAUGAUGGACUGUCGUUUCGCUUUGCUUAUUUGAGCUGUAAUUGCCAUAAUAUGGACUUGGUCUUUUACCAAAUAGGGCUAUCUUCUGUAAACACCCCCUACCUUGUCACAACACAACUGAUUGGCUCAAACGCAUUAAGAAGGAAAGAAGUUCCACAAAUUAACUUUUAAGAAGGCACACCUGUUAAUUGAAAUGCAUUCCAGGUGACUACCUGAUGAAGCUGGUUGAGAGAAUUCCAAGAGUGUGCAAAGCUGUCAUCAAGGCAAAGGGUGGCUACUUUGAAGAAUUUCAAAUAUGAAAUAUAUUUUGAUUUGUUUAACACUUUUUUGGUUACUACAUGAUUCCAUAUGUGUUAUUUCAUAGUUUUGAUGUCUUCACUAUUAUUCUGCAAUGUAGAAAAUAGUAAAAAUAAAGAAAAACCUUUGGACACCUACUCAUUCAAACUUUUGACUGGUACUGUAUGUCACCAGUAUUAAAUAUACCGUUAAUACCAGUAAUUUGGUUACAUACAUUUCUGUUAAUGCAUAUAUUAAUUACAGUAAUUUACUGUUCUCAUUCUCAGAGUGGAAACAGUGUUUGCAGAGUUCAAAAUCUGCUACACUUGUGAGAAACAAGUUUUGGUUCAUUUCAUAACCAGAAUUUACGAGAUCUGUCAAUAUUGUUAUUUAAUUUAGUUUGGAGUGCUCCAUGUGAGCAAUGAGCAUGUGUCUGGUUUCUCUGUUUAGGGUACCUGGCCUGCUGCUUGGAAAUGUAGGAAAGUGUUUUUUAAAAUAUCCGUUGCGAAUUAUAUAUAUAUAUAUAUAUAUAUAUAUAUAUAUAUAUAUAUAUAUAUAUAUAUAUAUAUAUAUAUAUAUAUAUAUAUAUAUAUAUAUAUAUAUAUUAAAACCUAUAGUUCCUCACAGUAAGCCAUUUGAAAAAUAUGUAAUUAUUGAAAUGAAACUGUUCCACGAAAAUGCACAUAUGAAAAUCAUAACUGGCACGUAGAAAUGGUAGGAUAAAUUGUAAGCUUCCCCAAACUUGAAACUCAUGCGCCGCCUAUGAAGUCUUUAUAAAAUAAUUGCCUCGGAUUUUGCCUGUAGGCUACUUUGAAGCAAAGUAAGACAUGCCUCAUAAUAUGAAAUGAAACAUUCAGGAUUCAAACAAUUAAGUGUUUUUUAAGUGCAUACUGCCUCCAGCUCACAUUGUAAAGUGGUGGGUGACACGCUGAUAGCCUGUUGCCUGCACUUGAAUGGUGAAUGGGAGGCGUGCGUCAAUGAACACUUGAGAAAUAAAAAUAGUAGCUCAUUUUAAUCGUUCACCAAAACUGUUUUUAACAGCUCGGAGCUGCAGGAGAAAUCCCGCUCAAAAUAGCUGUGUGCAUCUGAUAGUUGUGUUGGAUAAAUAAGCUAGGCCUACAUUAUGACUAACAAAAAUACACACAGGGCAAUUUAAUUCCACUAAAUUAUGCAAAUUAACCUAUAGACCGAUAAGCAUGACGGUCAAAUGUAUUUACAUUGACUGGUAUUUCCAUCAAUUAAUAAACAGCAUUAUUUUACUAUUGGAAUUGUUGUUUUUUGGUCAUUUUAGCCGGCAACAGAUUUAUCGGCUUUUCACUUUUGGGGGGACAAAAGCCGGCAACUUUCAGCUAACGUAAACCCUGUGUGAUGUGUACCACACUGCACAGCACACACUUAACAGCAGCAGCGUAGCAUUGCCAUUGACCAGCCUAGCUAAAAACAAGGUUUCAUAACCACCAUAAAAUGAACAUUAAUCCAAUCCCAUGCACGUCUGGAUUCUAUUCUAGUAAUACUGUGAAUCUGGGUUUACUGAAUGAUAGUUAUCUUAAACAAACUGGCUAGCUCUGGCAAUGCAACAAGCUCAGAGUGAUGCUUGCAACAGGGUAAAAAUGUGAUGUUAAAAGAAGUGAAGGCACGGUAUACGUACGUCUAGAUUUAGCCUAGGCUUUAGGCUACAUUUGAACUAGAGACAAAAGAAGCGGUCAAUCCUAUACCUUUUAUGCCUAUAUCUAAGACGGGGGAACUAAAGGUAGUGGAUCUGUAUCACCCCGAGACAAAGGGAGUUGUAGAUGGACUAGCCGAGAUAAUUAUAUGACUGUGAAAGCCAUGGCAAGGCACAUUAAGGCAGUAAGGAAGGAUUGAGGGCUUAUCAGAGGAGCUGACCCACUUUGCGGGUUGCAUACUGACGUCAAUGCUCACAACAGACUGCUACUGUGUGUGUGUAUAUAUAUAUAUAUAUAUAUAUAUAUAUAUAUAUAUAUAUAUAUAUAUCUCAUUUACAUAAGUAAUCAGAGCCUUUGCUAUGAGACUCGAAUUUGAGCUCAGGUGCACCCUGUUUCCAUUGAUCAUCCUUGAGAUGUUUCUACAACUUGAUUGGAGUCCACCUAUGGUAAAUUAAAUUGAUUGGAAAGGCACACACCUGUCUAUAUAAGGUCCCACAGUUGUCUGUGCAUGUCAGAGCAAAAACCAAGCCAUGAGGUCGAAGGAAUUGUCCGUAGAGCUACGGGACAGGAUUGUGUCGAGGCAAAGGUCUGGGGAAGGGUACCAAAAAAUUUCUGCAGCAUUGAAGGUCCCCAAGAACACAGUGGCCUCCAUCAUUCUUAAAUGGAAGAAGUUUGGAAACACCAAGACUCUUCCUAGAGCUGGCCGCUGAGCAAAACUGAGUAAUCGGGGGAGAAGGGUCUUGGUCAGGGUGGUGACCAAGAAUCCAAUGGUCACUCUGACAGAGCUCCAGAUUUCCUCUGUGGAGAUGAGAGAACCUUCCAGAAGGACAACCAUCUCUGCAGCACUCCACCAAUCAGGCCUUUAUGGUAGAGUGGCCAGAUGUAAGCCACUCUCAGUAAAAGGCACAUGACAGCCCACUUGGGAGUUUGCCACAUUCACCUAAAGGACUCCGACCAUGAGAAACAAGAUUCUCUGGUCUGAUGAAACCAAGAUUGAACUCUUUGGCCUGAAUGCCAAGUGUCACGUCUGGGGAAACCUGGCACCAUCCCUACGGUGAAGCAUGGUGGUGGCAGCAUCAUGGUGUGGGGAUGUUUUUCAGUGGCAGGGACUGGGAGACUAGUCAGGAUCGAGGGACAGAUGAAUGGAGCAAAGUAUAGAUAAAUCCUUGAUGAAAACCUGCUCCAGAGCGCUCAGAACAUCAGACUGGGGCGAAGGUUCACCUUCCAACAGGACAACGACCCUAAGCACACAGCCAAGACGACGCAGGAGUGGCUUCGGGACAGGUCUCUGAAUGCCCUUGAGUGGCCCAGCCAGAGCCCGGACUUGAACCCAAUCGAACAACUCUGGAGAGACCUGAAAAUAGCGGUGCAGUGACUCCUGACAGAGCUUGAGAGGAUCUGCAGAGAAGAAUGGGAGAAACUCUCCAAAUACAGGUGUGCCAAGCUUGUAGCGUCAUACCCAAGAAGACUCAAGGCUGUAAUCGCUGCCGACGGUGCUUCAACAAAGUACUGAGUAAAGGGUCUGAAUAAUUAUGUAAAUGUGAUAUUUCCAUUUUGUUAGAUGUUAGAGACUCUCCAUAUUUUAGUGUUGAUUCUGUCUUUUGGCUGGAUUGCUCUUCUUGGUUGGCAUGAUGCGUUGCAGGAAGAAAUCUUUGAUGCCAAUGCCUGAUGAGGGUGAAGGGCUUGACGUUGCAGACGUUGAUGGCUGGGGUUCCGACUUCCUUAUGGUAAGUUCCGGAUGGUCCCCGCAUGAAGCGUUCAAACAUUUUCGGCCGGGUCUUUGGUCCUUAAACAGGGUUUGAUGUUCCUUUGCUAUCACAAACUCUUGAACGAGAUCGAGAAGAUCCGUCCGGGUGAAGCCCCAACCCAACUGGCAAAGGACCUGAAGAGAUGGAGAAUGACAAAGCAUUAGUCCUGGACGCACGUGUGAGCGCACACACACACAAAAGUUUGCAUGCACACACACACACUUAUGCAUGCGCACACAAACACGUACACAGGCACACGCACACAUACACCCAGGUCACAUAUUGAGAACCACUGGAUUAGGCAAAAUAUUAGGCUACCCACUGUUUCAUGUUAUCUUUUUCUUAGCCUAUCAGUCACUACAGUAUAACCCUACCUGAAGACAGUCUGAAAUCUCCUGCUCUACCGCUGGACUCAGGUAGAUGACAUGUCCCUGUUGUGCAUCAAUGCUCAGCUGCUCCUUCACUCUCUGCCUCAACGACUUGCUGUCUACUCCAUAACGUUUUGCUUGAAAUGAGAGAUUUUGCAUUGUUCCCUCCCUGUACAGACGGCAUGCUUCUAUCAUGCGUGGGUAUGAACUGUAGUUUUUUCGUGUUUUAGUCAUCUCAUACUAAAACUCAUCUGAAAAGUAGGCCUAAAGAUUUAAAAAAUAUAUAUUGUUAAUGUUAGGAUAGAAUAUAGGCCUAUCCAGAAUGAAUUGACCUAUGCAAUAUGACUGAUAUUUAAAUAUGGGUAUUAAUUAUCUGAAUUAUGGAGCUGAUUUUAUCAGGUGAGGUCAAAAUUAGGGAGGAAAAUGGUUCAAAGGUCAAAAGGAAGAAAAUCCCCAUUGAAACAGUCAAUCAGUGAAUUUAUGGUUAAAAGACAAAAUAUUUUAUUCUACACACAUGACAUAAAAAACCCCGAUAUGAAAUAAAUCUAUAUAUGGUGCACUAACAUAACAUGAAAAGUAUAAAUGUAUCAUGCAGGGUAGUAAUUAGCUAUACUCAUUUACAUCCACCCAGACAGUGUGAUAUUUUUGCUAGUGUCCCCUUUAAGCCCACCAGGUAAAAAUGUUAAUAAAAAAAUAAAAUAAAGAUAAACAUACACAUGUAUUGUCUAUUUAACAGUAUAAUAUAAACUGCAUACAAAAAUGUAAAUUAUACCUGCUUAUCAUGCUUUGUCAAUAACCCAUGCUAUGCAGCUACUGUACUGAUGCAGCAUGUGGUCUGUUUGCUAGCAUGCUAAAACUCAUAUUUUGAUUUCAAAAGAAACAAUAUUUAUAAUUCAAGUAAUAUUUUGACAUAUGUCUUAUUCAAAACACUAAUCACUUAAAUGUUGAUAACAAAUGAGUACUUACCAAAAACAGGAGUAGAAAUAUGCAAAAAAUGUUAUCUUCUGAGAGUACCAAAAUCACAAUUUGUUUUUGCAACAACUUCUGGGAUCAGCAGGCACAUGUCACACAUGCUUUGAUAACUUAAUAUUGACAAAUCUGUUUGGCUUACAAUAAUAAGUGUCAUUUAUUUAACAAGCAGCUUUAUUGGAAGAAACAUCACACAGCAAAAAAAUGUUGUUGUUUUUUGUAUUUGACUGUGGGCUUAUAUGGUACGUGGGCUUAAUAGAGACGUUUACCCUAAAUGUCAUAUUUCUUUUUUUUUUUUUUUAUAGAUUUGCAAACAUGUCUACACCUAUUUUUGCUUUGACAUUAUGGGCUAUUGUGUGUAGAUUGAUUGGGGGGGGGGGGGGGGGGGGGGAUCAAUUUUUAAUUUUAGAAUAAGGCUGUAACGGUACAAAAUGUGAAAAAAGUGAAGGGGGUCUGAAUACUUUCCGAAUGCACUGUAUGUCCUCACCUUAAGACCCAAGUUACAGCCAUCAUCAUGAGUCCCCCCCCCCCUCUAUUUUAAUUAUGUUUCACAACUGACCUCUUGUAGACACCAUCUAUGAUGAGGACGAGGUGCUUCUUGCCUUGGCUGAGCAGCUGGGCAACUUCACCAUGCUGGUGGGAGGCCCUGAAUAUGUUCACUGUCUGCUGGUACGUAUGUGUUACAAACUAAAUCUGGCAUUGACCAUAAGAUAUUCAACAUAUAGACCUUAAAACACAAUUGUAUAGAGUUUAUUUUACAUAUCCAGUCAGCUACGCUACACCGUGUCUUUCUCCGCAGCCGCCUCUGGAGAGCCUGGCUACCGUGGAGGAAACGGUGGUGCGAGACAAGGCGGUGGAGUCUCUGCGUAAGAUCUCCCAGGAGCACUCUCCUGUGGACCUGGAGGUGCACUUUGAACCCCUGGUGAAGAGGCUGGCCAGUGGUGACUGGUUCACCUCCCGCACCUCCGCCUGUGGCCUGUUCAGCGUCUGCUACCCCCGCGUAUCCAGCACCGUCAAGGCUGAAAUUCGCCAGUGAGUAGCUCUAUCAGGAUAUAGCUAUAUAGCUAAGACCUGAUUAGCUAAGAUCCCGAUUAGCUAAGAUCCCAAUGGGAUUGAAAUUGUCCCAAUAAUCUCUGGGAGCAUAAUAUUAGAGCUGCAGACUUUACUUUGUCUCAUAUCAGGGGACCCAUGCCCCCACCUCUUGUAGUCACACAUACUAGCCUUGCAGGCACAAGUCAAUCAGAUCAGGAUGAUUAACUACACUCUUUUUCUGUAGAGCAGAUACAAUGGAUUUAUGGUCUGACUGUGGGUGUCAUGUUCUCUCUACAGACAUUUCCGCACUCUGUGCUCAGAUGAUACUCCCAUGGUGCGCCGCGCCGCAGCCUCCAAGCUUGGGGAAUUCGCCAAGGUUCUGGAGCUGGACUAUGUCAAGAGUGACAUCAUCUCCCUCUUCACCGCGCUGGCCUCCGAUGAGCAGGUACAUGUACCGUAUACACGCACACAGGGCGUCCUGGAACAUUGCGGUGGGAAGUGCCUGGAAUUCUUCCAGCCAAUUGCUAAAUCAACUGGCUUGUUGCCGAUGGAAAUAGCAUGGCCAUACAAAUUAGAUGUUUUUGAAUGGGGAUGGAUGGAUAUUGAAUGGAAAUAGAACAAUCAUAUUUCAGCGAAUUCAGUAGGUAGCCCCAACUUGGACACAAAACCGUGUCUAGCUAUUGUUAACCCAACGCCUCCACAGUUACACCAUGAAAUCCUGCCCUUGGGGGAUAGCGUGUUCACUAUAUGCAUUUCUAUGGUGUUGCUACAUUAUUUUAUUCAAUUGGCACAGAAUGAGCAAUAAUCUCAUGGUGCCCCCGCCUGUAGGACUCAGUGCGCCUGCUGGCCGUGGAAGCCUGUGUGAGCAUCGCCACGCUGCUGCCCCAGGAGGACCUGGAGACCCUGGUGAUGCCCACCCUGCGCCAGGCCGCCGAGGACAAGUCCUGGAGGGUCCGCUACAUGGUGGCCGACAAGUUCUCUGAGGUGAGCAUGUGGAAACAUCGAUGUCCUGCAUGUAGCCAUAAUGCCUCUAAAAUAUUUGCUGCUUUACUGAACCCGGAAUGGAAGCAAUGGGGAGGCGGAUAUUCAACGUUUCACAGAUGGUCACUUUAAAACGGUGCCUAUCUGUAAAAAGUUUUUCCCAAAUUGAGAGAUUUUUCCAAUUUGACAGAUGUAAUUGCUCUAAUUUUGCUAUUUUUGUCUAGGAGGAAUAUUUUCAGUUGCUUUACUGUAUUGAACUGAAGUAAUACAAUCCUCCAAGGGGGAAGUAGUAGACAUGGAUAGCAGGACAGUUAUGGGGGCCUGUAAUGUUCAUAGUCCCCCAGCGUAGAACAUUCUUAAUGUCCUCAUUACCACUUACAUUCACUACACUAACCCAUUGAUUUCUAACCCAUAUGACCUCUUGUCAUUUAGUAUAAAAUGGGUCAUAUUGCCACUUCCAUAAUGUUGUAGAAGUGCAGUCAAUCAAUAUAAAAGCUUUCAGGCAACCUCACACAAAUGAAAGCUUAGCACCACACUUACUGGAAGGUCUUCUACCACUUUCCCCCUCGCCACCAUGAACUUUGGUAACGUGUUCCCAACCCAACAUUCCAUUAGUUUAGUGUGUUGAUCAGCAAAUCUGAGCAAGGUUUGAAGGUGGGAUUGUGUCAGAGCUGUAGAUGAAGAUCUCGGCUGGAUGUUAAUUGCCAUGCCCAUAGUUUGUGGAAGGAGUAGAAGUUCCCUCAACCAAUUUAACAGUUGUCAGGAAACCUCCACACAAAUUAAAGCCUGGCAAUGGCAAAUAGUUUCGUGCACUUUCCCCCUUGCUGCCAUGGACUUUGUAGCCUAUGUGUUCCCAACUUGAAUCCCAUCAGUUGAGUGUGUUGGUCAUGGAGUCUCACACAGGUUUCGUGGUGGAUGUUAAUUGCCAUGUCACUGAUUCCACAGCUCCAGAAAGCAGUGGGCCCAGAGAUCACCAAGAACGACCUGGUCCCAGCUUUUCAGAACCUGCUCAAGGACUGUGAGGCUGAGGUCCGAUCCGCUGCCGCCAAAAAGGUCAAGGGUGAGUGUCUGGAUGCUAUCCGCAAGUCAUAAAGCCUCUGUUGAAAUAAAGAAUUGUUUGAAUGAGAAGCUUUUACUGUCUAAUAGACCACGGUAUUGACAAACCCCAUUUCUGUCCUCAGAGUUUUGCGAGAACCUUCCAGAAGACAGCAGAGAGACCAUCAUCAUGACUCACAUUCUGCCCUGUGUCAAGGUAUUAAAAAAAAAAAAAAAACUGUCACUGUUCACUUGUAUUCCUUUAUUAUUCCGCUAACUUACGUACGCUAGUUUCUUUGACCUGUGAAUUUCUCACUCAAUGGAAGUAAUUCUGAGUACCCAUGACUCACGAAGGGGCAAAAAAAAUCUUAGAUCUUAAAAAUACAUUUUUAAAAAGCUGUCGUGCUUUAGGCAAACAGUCGUGUUCUGAAGUCUCGACAAUAACACAAGUUAAUCAAAUUCUUGUGUGCAGAAGCAGCGGAUAUUUUUUACACCCAUGAAUCAAUUUCUAGCAUGAGGGUCUAUACUGAGCUGUUAAACUGAGGAACCUGUUGUUUUUUACUUUACUUUCUAUACGGGAGCCAUGAGGAUAUUAUGCUUUGUAGGUUGGGGUCUAUGGCAAGAUGAGGACUUGAGCUCAGUAUAGCCUUUGGACAGCAGGGGGCGCUGUUUUAUUCAAGAUAUCUACCAAACCACCAUUCCUAUUCGCUGUCGGUGUUAGAACUCACUGGUUGGUUCCUGAGUUUAAAUGACGCCCUUUUUGUUUCGAAAAUAUAUUUUUGGGGGAAAACAUCUCUUCUAGGACAUCCCAAGCCUAAAAAAAUGGUAGCUUCUACAUUUUAGUCAUUUAGCAGACGCUCUUAUCCAGAGCGACCACGGUAGUGCAUACAUUUUCGUACUGCCCCCCCCCCCCCAUCGAACCCACAACCCUGGCGUUGCAAGCGCCAUGCUCUACCAACUGAGCGACACGGGACAAUUCAAUGUCAGGUCAGAUUGCAAUAACAGAUGAUUCAUUUCAACACAGGGGCUAGUUUCUGCUCACCUUGUCUACAACUGCACUGAAUUCUGUGGGCAGCAUGCUGACAAGUGGCCUUAAACGCCUCUUAAGUAACAGUACCAAAGUGCUUCUCUAACUUGUUUUCGUUGCCACUUUUCUCCUGAGGGAAAUAUCAAUGUAGCAAUAAUAUUGUCACAGGUCUGAAACUACCCGCUAUUUGAAAAUACCAGAUUUGCUGUCCCUGUCCACUGCAAUGUCUGACUCUUUCUCCCCUGACAGGAACUGGUGUCUGACACCAGCCAGCACGUGAAGUCUGCCCUGGCCUCUGUCAUCAUGGGCCUGUCCACCAUCCUGGGCAAAGACAACACAGUGGAACACCUGCUGCCUCUGUUCCUGGCCCAGCUCAAGGACGAGGUAAACACCAGUUACUACUGCUCCUAUUUGUUCUAGUCAUUAAGCACCAAAUGGCAGAAAAUAGGCUGAAAUUGGGAGGGUGGGAGGGACUGCCUGGACUUGGAGAAAUGUCUCCCAUGUCUGAUCUGAUCACCCUCUUAAUAUCCUCUAAUGCUAUUGACCUGGUUCAGGAUCAGAUAUACCUACCGGAGUAUAAACCUAGGAAUGACCCUUAUAGGGUUUGAACCUUUUCCCUGGUGACAUUUGUUCUAGUGGUGCUAGGUUAUUUCAUGCGGUUUUCAGUGAUGUGUGGUUUCAUUCUGACAUUUCCUUCCUAAAUGUAACCUGUAUCGCAGCCAACAUCCCGAUGUAAGACGUCGGCACUAGCUGACACAUUUACAUAUCUCUGGUGGUUUAUUAAUACCGGAGUGGAAAGGUUUGGGUAGAUGACGCAAAUUGCCCUGCAAAAAAAAUGAAGGUGCACAAAUACACCGACACGAUUGGCUGUCAUCUAUGACAGCCUUCCUAUUAAAAUAUGUUCUAGUUUGCCUCGCGGCCAAAGUGGAGUUGACAGGGUUUGUGUCACAAAGGAUUACAGUCAAAACGCCUCGAAUGACUCAUGAAUGUAAAAAAUAUCUGUAUUCUUCAAUAUUUCUACUCCAAAUAUUUAGUCUCACAGCUGGCUGCUAUCGCCGUCGUCUCCUAUUUGGUUCGCAAAAAGCUUGAUGGGAAAUCGGUCUGCAUAUUCGGAGGCUAAGAAUCAAGGGUCUGGGACAGGCGGAAGGUCUUUGGCAAUUCGUUUGGCCUUUGUUGCUAAUGUCAUGUCGAGAUUGGAGCCAAGAAAGGCAUCAUUAUAAGCGGAUGGGGAUGCAUAAGCAAUAGCUCGGAUUUCUGUUGCAAUGAUUUUUGCCACUUUUUAAGACUGCUUGAAAUAUAAUGGCUUUCAUUCUUAAAAGAAGACAGACAUAUGCAAUGUAAUGUUCCCUGAUGUAAUUACUUAUACAAGAGAUCCUUCUCACUGUAGUCUUACCUGCUGUCUCUCUCUUUCUCUCUCCCUCGCUCUUUUUCCCCUUCCCUCCCCCUUUUUCGCCCUGCAGUGCCCUGAGGUGCGCCUCAACAUCAUCUCCAACCUGGACUGUGUCAACGAGGUGAUCGGCAUCCGCCAGCUCUCCCAGUCGCUGCUGCCCGCUAUCGUGGAGCUGGCCGAGGACGCCAAGUGGAGGGUCCGCCUGGCCAUCAUAGAGUAUAUGCCCCUGUUGGCCGGACAACUGGUGAGUCGUCGGCUGCAUCCCAAACGGCACCCUAUUCCCUAUAUAGUGCACUACUUUUGAUCAGAGCCCCCUCCAGUCCCACCUCAGGAGACCUCUGUCCCAUCCUCAUUUCCCCCUAAUCACACAUCUGUGUGGCCUACAUCUGCCUUGCGCCAUGCGUAUGUGCAACAGUUUAUGGUGGGAAGGUGCUGGUCACCAAUAUCAUCCAUGACUUAGAAAAGGGCUAUGCAAUGUAUAAGUCAUUCAGCUAGCUUUAUUUGUGCUUUCUGAGUCGAAAGCUGCAUACCCCCAAAUUUUGGUUGAAUCUAAUUGGAACCCUAUUCAGUAAUAGUGUUGCUUGCACUGUAAUGUUUGGAUUAGAUUUCUUUGGAUAUUAAGUGAAAAUUGUUUAGAAAUGUAUUCUCUCCUAAUCGCUCUUCUCCAGGGAGUGGAGUUCUUUGAUGAGAAGCUGAACACCCUCUGCAUGGCAUGGCUCAUUGACCACGGUAAGACACCCCCAGAUCCUCAAAAAUGUUCUACAGCUGCACCAUCGAGAGCAUCCUGACUGGUUACAUCACGGCCUGGUAUGUCAACUGCUCGGCCUCCGACCGCAAGGCACUACAGAGGGUAGUGCGUACGGCCCAGUACAUCACUGGGGCCAAGCUUCAGGCCAUACCAGGCGGUGUCAGAGGAAGGCCCUACAAAUUGUCAAAGACUCCAGCCACCCUAGUCAUAGACUGUUCUCUCUGCUACCGCACGGCAAGCGGUACCGGAGCGCCAAGUCUAGGUCCAAAAGGCUUCUUAACAGCUUCUACCCCCAAGCCAUAAAACUCCUGAACAGCUAAUCAUGGCUACCCAGACUAUUUGCAUUGCAUUUUUUUUUUUACUGCAUUGUUGGUUAAGGGCUUGUAAGUAAGCAUUUCACUGUUGUAUUCGGUGCAUGUGGCAAGUAAAAUUUGAUUUGACUUAGACUGGGAGAGGCCAGGGAAAUGCUCUCUCCUUAACUGUUCUCCUGCCCUCUCUCUAGCUGAGCUGGAUAGAAUGGGAAACCUACUGUAAUACAGUCUUCAUCCCAAAUGGCACCCUAUCCUUUAUAUUGGGCUCUACUUUUAACCAAUGCCCAUAGCGCUCUAGUAAAAGUAGUGCACUAUAUAGGGAAUCGGGUGCCAUUUAGGAUGCAAACCAUACUGUAAUACACCAUAACAGGUAGGCAUUUGGAUAUGAGCAAGUCAGCUAUUGUCUGCAGUAGCCUUUUCUAUUAUACAGUAAAAAGUGUGAAGUUAAAUUCAAUAUUGUAUUGAGUAGAGAUGUGAAUAUCCGGUAGAGGUUUUUGUGCAGCCCGCGUGCAGAACGUAUAGAAAACGGGAACAGGCUUCCUGGAGGGGUGCAAACCCUGUGUUAUCGCGAUAUUGUGAUACUUGGCCUGUUAUCACAUCGUUGGUAUUGUAACAACCCCACUCUGAAAAUAGGCACAUCUUCAUGCAGUUUACAGAUUUUUUGUGUCUUUUGAAUGCGCUUGUUUGAUUUGCAUGUGAUAUGGAGACCUUGUUGGCUACGUCUCUUCGGUCUGCCUUUAAUGUCGGCAGGUUUUUUCUUCUUCUUUCUCCAUGUUUAGAUUGUGCUAUAGAUGGGUUGGUUGUUAAACAACAAAACCGGCGCUUGCGCAACAAUGGGGCAAAACCGGCGGGGAUGGCCUAGACUUGACAACAUGGAUGCUGUAUUUAGUCUCCAAAUGUUACAUUUGAUGCUUUCUUGACCGUAGAGACAAUUUUGUUUUAAAGCUAAUUUCCUGCAAUUCUACAUGUUUUGCCAUGGGGCAGAGACAAAAAUUUAGUUUUAAAGCAUUUUUUUGUGCCUUUGCUUAUGCCCUGUUCGUGUGCUAUCUGGGUGACUCAAAUACCCAUUUCAGACAAGAUGUGGUAUAUUACCUGUACAUUUGUAUUUAAUUAUUUAUUUAUGGCAAUAUUUAUGACCCCUUUCAAACACCCCCUUAUUUAACACCUUGCAGGGAUACCCAUUAUACAUAUCAGUGAGUAACUGGCAAAUUGGGAUGGGUGGGGGCAGGGGGCUGUUUGCGUUUCAAAUUAGUGCUAAUUGAAUAUAGGGGAAGCACUGCAUAACAUCAGUCAAAACACCUUAAAACAAGACCAUGGUAUCAACACAACGAGCUAAAACGAGAUACCUAUGAUUCCCCACUUUCAGUGUCUUGUCAUUGUUGCUAACUAUCUGACCGUUCAGAAUCAUAACAACUUGCACCUUGCGGCCACAUCGAUGCGCGCAUCAAAUUUGUAACGAUGUCAGGCAACCCAUCUAUAAAGCCUUGAACAGCAAGAUUGUAUCCCUUAUUGACCUAUCGCUCAAGUGCGACUUUACUAAUCCUGUUUAGAAAAAGAUGUCUUCUGAGAGCUGUCCUCAGUGUUUAGACUACAUCUUCUUUGUCCUCCUCAGAACAUCUGCUUUGUUUCUCGCAUGGAAUCCUCUCUUUAGCUCUGGUUGAAAGUUUUCCCUAGCUACAGAUCUAGGAUCAGGUUUUCCUGCCCCUAAUCCUACCCUUAGCCAUUAGUGGGGGAAAUGCAAAACUGACCCAUGGUCAGUGUCUUAGGGGCGAUUUCAACAGUAAGUAUAUCACAACCUACCUUGUAUCACCACAUCCCCCAUUUCCCAUACUUGCGUUCUAAAAGUAGGCUGAUUGGGUAUGCGGAAAUGGCACGUUUUAUAGUAUGUGACACUUCCAAAAUGUUGUAUGGUAUUAAAUGCCAGGAUGUCCUCAUUUUGGCUUCAUCUAGUAGAAUUGCCUGCACACUCAAACCCACUUGUUUGACAACAGCUGAUAAUCUAGCAAGAGGAUGGGCUGUACCAAGAUGAAGGAAUGGUGGGAAACAACGCAAUUGAGCAUUAGAUGCCGCAUUCUCAGGAUGGGUUUGCCUACUAUAUUUGUUUACUGCAUACAUUUAUACUAAACAGUACGUUCAAAAUAGUAUGUAGUAUGCUUAGUACACAGUAUGUCGAUUUAGUAAGAAGUUGGCAAGACCGAUUUCAGACACGGCCAGUGUCACACAGGUUUUAAUAUCCCAUUGUGGCUCCACAGCCAUGAUUCCACAGGCUAUUGGCAUGGUUCUUCUAACCCGAGCUUGGCUCUCGAGCUCUCUAGUCUCUUUAUGGCUGUAUUAGGAGCCAAAGCACCAGAUAGGGUUAGGUUAGUCAGUGGGUUAGAAAUGUGUUGUACCCAUGCCACCUGGUCUCCCGCUCUCUGUCCAACAGCUAGUAUCGAAUAUCAGGAAAUCAGGCUUGUGUGUGCCCAGAUGUUAUGUCACUGUAUUCUGGGCACAAUUGAGUGUUUUGAGCAGUUCUGCAGUCACUAGCCUCUUUAGCCAUGAUUACUGAUGGACAUGUUUUCCAUGCAAAUAUACUUUUUGCCACAUUAUUUGUUACAAGGCAAACAAACUGUGACAAUAAUACAAAGAUGGCUGCCAAACUGGAAUGGAUAGAAAAGAGCUCAAAAGAACCAAGAAUCCUGGCAAAUAUUUUCACGGGCCGGGUAGUGUACUGACUGCCUACUCUCUUGUAGAGUUUGGAUAUGUCUAUAUUGAACUUUGAUCUGUUUUAAUUUUAGUUUUGUACACUUUUUUUUUGGUAAGAUUGCCAUUUCAAUUGAGAAAUGCUAGUCAAUAGUUCAAUUAAUAUUAUAGUUUUGUAAAGGAAAUCCCUCACUUUUUUCUGACCACUUUUCCUGAUAACUACUACUAAAAAGAAACUACUAUGCCUAAUUAUAUCUAGUUCUACAGGCCAAGGUCUCUAAGCAUGUGUUUGUUUCCGACAGUAUACGCUAUCCGCGAGGCAGCCACCUGUAACCUGAUGAAGCUGGUGGAGAAGUUUGGAGCCGAGUGGGCCCAGAACACCAUCGUGCCCAAGGUGUUGGGCAUGGCCAACGACCCCAACUACCUGCACAGGAUGACCACGCUCUUCUGCAUCAACGUGAGUCCUCCUGACCUUCACACCACAAACCCUCAGAGACCAUAGGCGUAUACUACGAUGGAUGCUAGAUCUACUCAGGUUUUUAUAAAGCUAGCCAUAUUACGAAGGUGGAUAUUGAUCAUGUAGCUGCCGCCAACUAAAGCGGGCUUGUAACUUGGCACAUGGGUAGUUGAGCGCCAAACUAUUCAAUCCAUGGGCGAGUCAAUGCCACAUUUCCAUUUUUGCCGAAAUCAACAUGAAAGAAGUUCUUGCAAAUUUAGCAGGCUAUGGUGUAAAACAGGAUAUUAGAAGCGGGUAUUUUAUUACGUAGCGUUAAUGCCGUGUUUGAUGUGCUUUGGUGUGCUUAUCAAUGCACGAACAGGUUUUUUUCUAUCGAUAAAAUAAUUGUGUAUAUAGUCAUACAAACGUUUUACUGUGCGUAAACUUUCAAAUGCAGGCUGUCAUUACUAAAUGUGUAAUGUGAUGGCUAUUUUAAUAUGACUAUUUUUAACACAUUUGAUUAAUAAAAUAUUGAAUCCGUCGUCUUCCUCAUCUGAAGUGUAUGACGCAAUCUUUGUGAGAGGGAGGGAAUCUGAUUUCAGUGGUCCUCACCUCGCGGCUCAGUCAUUUCCUUCAGGGUAAGUGGAGUUAGCCCUGAGUUAGCGGCCUGCCCUGGAGCAGGUUAGUUAUUAAGGAUUCUUUGCCAUUAGAAAUGUACCUGCCUAAAAGGUGAGCCACUUUCGUAUGACCGGUCAUCCCGAGUUGAACUCAGUUGACCAAAGUUACCUCGCUUACUCCUCAAACCUGAUUGGUAGUAUAGGGCUCAUGUCAUAAAACCUCAGAUUGAAAUCAAGCCAUUUUUGGAAACGUUUUACUUUUAAAACAAUCAAAUGACAUUUUUUGUCACAUACACGUGUUUAGCAGAUGUUAUUGCGGGUGUUGCGAAAUGCUUGUGCUUCUAGCACCAACAGAGCAGUAAUAUCUAACAAGUAAUAUCUAACAAUUUCACAACAUAUACCCAAUACACACAAAUCUAAGUAAGGAAUGGAAUUUAAGAAUAUAUACAUAUUUGGACAAGCAAUGACCGAGCGGCAUGGACUAAGAUACAGUAGAAUAUUAUAGAAUACAGUAAAUGCAUAUGAGAUGAGUAAUGCAAGAUAUGUAAACAUUAUUAAAGUGAUUAGUGUUCCAUUUCUUAAAGUGGCCAGUGAUUUCAAACGGCAGCAGCAGCCUCUAAUGUGCUAGUGAUGGCCUUGAGGUAGCUGUUUUUCAUUCUCUCGGUCCCAGCUUUGAUGCACCUGUACUGACCUCGCCUUCUGGAUGAUAGCGGGGUCCUUGAUGAUCUUUCUGGCCUUCCUGUGACAUCGGGUGCUUUAGGUGUCCUGAAUGGCGGGUAGGUUGCGGGCGGUGCAGUUGCCGUACCAGGCGGUGAGACAGCCCGACAGGAUGCUCUCAAUUGUGCAUCUGUAAAAGUUUGUGGGUUUUAGGUGCCAAGCCAAAUUUCUUCAGCCUCCUGAGGUUGAAGAGGCUCUGUUGCGCCUUCUUCACCACACUGUCUGCGUGGGUGGACCAUUUCAGUUUGUCAGUGAUGUGUACGCCAAGGAACUUGAAGCUUUGCACCUUCUCCACUGCGGUCCCGUCAAUGUGGAUAGGGGGGUACACCCUCUGCUCUUUGUUUUGUUGACGUUAAGUGAGAGGUUAUUUUCCUGGCACCACACUCCCAGAGCCCUCACCUCCUCCCUGUAGGCGGUCUCGUCAUUGUUGGUAGGAAGUAAAGCCUACUACUGUUGUUAUCUGCAAACUACAGACGCACACUUGUGGGGCCCCAGUGUUGAGGAUCAGCGAAGUGGAGAUUUUGUUUCCUACCUUCACCACCUGGGGAUGGCCCGUCAGGAAGAUCAGGGCCCAGUUGCACAGGGUGGGGUUCAGACCCAGGGCCUCGAGCUUAAUGAUGAGCUUGGAGGGUGCUAUGGUGUUGAAUGCUGAGCUAUAGUCAAUGAACAGCGUUCUUACAUAGGUAUUCCUGUUGUCUAGAUGGGAUUGUGUGGUGUGAUGGCGAUUGCAUCGUCUGUGGAUCUAUUGGGGCGGUAAGCAAAUUGAAGUGGGUCUAGGGUGACCGGUAAGGUAGAGGUGAUAUGAUCAUUGGCUAGUCUCUCAAAGCACUUCAUGAUGACAAAGGUGAGUGCUAUGGGGAAAUAGUUAUUUAGUUCAGUUACCUUUGCUUUCUUGGGUACAGGAACAAUGGUGGCCAUCUUGAAGCAUGUGGGGACAGCAGACUGGGAUAGGGAGAGAUUGAAUAUGUCCGUAAACACACCAGCCAGCUGGUCUGCGCAUGCUCUGAGGACACGGCUAGGGAUGCCGUCUGGGCCGGCAGCCUUGCGUGGGUUAACAUGCUUAAAUGUCUUACUCACGUCGGCCACAGAGGAGGAGAGCCCGCAGUCCUUGGUAGUGGGCAGUGUCGGUGGCACUGUGUUAUCCUCAAAGCGAGCGAAGAAGGUGUUUCGCUUGUCUGGAAUUGAGACGUCGGUGUCGGCGACGUGGCUGGUUUUCCUUUUGUAGUCCGUGAUUGUCUGUAGACCCUGCCACAUACGUCUCGUGUCUGAGGCGUUGAAUUGCGACUACACUUUGUCUCUAUACUGAUGUUUUGCCAGUUUAAUUGCCUUGCGGAGUGAGUAGCUACACUGUUUGUAUUCUGCCAUAUUCCCAGUCACAUUGCCAUGGUUAAAUGCAGUGAUUUGUGCUUUCAGUUUUGUGCCAAUGCUGCAAUCUAUCCACGGUUUCUGGUUAGGGUAGGUUUUAACAGUCACAGUGGGCACAACAUCUCCUAUACACUUCCUGAUAAACUCAGUCACCGUUUCAGUGUAUUCGUCUAAAUAUCCCAGUCCGCGUGAUCAAAACAAUUGAAGCGUGGAUUCUGAUUGGUCAGACCAGCGUUGAAUAGUCCUUAGCACGGGUACUUCCUGUUUGAUUUUCUGCCUAUAGGAAGGGAGGAGCUAAAUGGAGUCGUGGUCAGAUUUGCCGAAAGGAGGGUGGGGGAGGGCCUUAUAACCAUCCCGGAAGUUCGAAUAGCAAUGGUCGAGGAUUUUAGCAGCCCGAGUACAACAGUCAAUAUGUUGAUAGAACUUCGGCAGCCUAGUCCUCAAAUUUGCUUUAUUAAAAUCCCCGGCUACAAUAAAUGCACCCUCAGGAUAUGUAGUUUCCAGUUUGCAUAAAUCAUACUGUUAUAUUAUUUUUAUCAGGAAAGUUUCUGGCCCAGUCAGUUAUUCUUGUCAUCAUUACUUAUUUUACAUCUUGAUAUUUUAGGCAUUUAUCAGACGCUCUUAUCCAGAGCAACUUAGUCACUUGUGUCUAAGGAUCAUUUGUUUAUGCGUUGUUGGUUUCCGUGUCAUCCACCCCAGGCUCUGUCUGAGGCCUGUGGCCAGGACAUCACCACUAAGCAGAUGCUGCCCGUGGUCCUCAAGAUGUCCAACGACCAGGUGGCCAAUGUGCGCUUCAAUGUGGCCAAGUCCCUCCAGAAGAUCGGCCCCGUCCUGGACAGCAAGUAGGUCCUCCUCGUCCACCUUCGUUCAUAUCAUUCAGGCCUACCUGAACAACCAUCUCCAAUGAAUUGACCACAGUCUACAUCAGGGUCGUGUUCAGUAGGCACAAAACUGGAGAAAAUAUUUUGAAACUGAGGAGGCUCUUGCUUGAACUGGUCCAGUAAGGAUGCUGUUUUUUGUUAUUCCGUCACAGUAUGUUUUGCGUCUACUGAACACGACCCAGAUCUCCUUGUCCAAGCUUAAUUCCUAGCACUCAGCUAAUCCAUUAUGGCACGGGAGUGUGGGAAAAUGUGUGCUUUGUCUGAAACGUUUUGUUUUUCUCAGUGCCCUGCAGACAGAGGUGAAACCAGUCCUGGAGAAACUAGCCACAGAUACAGAUAUGGAUGUUAAGUACUUUGCCCAGGAAGCUAUACGUGGUAAGUAUAGUACUCUGUCCAUUUUCUUCUUGUAUGAAGUCUCCUCGCUAGGGCCAUGUUCAGUUAGCCACAUGUUGUGGAACAUUGCAGAUAGAAAUGUCCUGAAUAGAGCUGCCAUUAGUCAAUGUGCUACAUGUCAAAGAAGCAUGUUUGUUAUACAUAAUAUAGGCUAUUUCUAUGUGAGCAUUCCACAAUGUUGUGCCCUGCUGAAUGCGUUGCCCAAUGUGAAGGUUAGUCCAUCUUGUCAUUCUUCUGAUUCCUUGUGUUUUUCCCCAUAGUUCUGGCCCUGGCAUAAAACAACCCAAGCUUGGCUAUCCAGAGGAAACAACAUUGCAAACACUUUUCACAAUAUAUUUAUUGAUGUUCAAGAGCAACUGGUGAUGUAUGGAUAAUUAAUGGAGCCUAUUAACACCUAUUUUUCUUUUUCUUACUCUCAGUGAUAAUAAAAUGUCCAGGAAAAGCGCAGGCUUCUAA